CUAUUUAGCAUUACGAUUUCAACUGAGCGUUCGCUGCGAGUACUGGUCCAAAAGAACGUGCACUUGCACUUGCACAGGCACUUGCAGCUUGUGGACUUGAUUUCUGCAUUGAUUGAUGAGAUUCCGUAUGCAGCGGCUCAGGGUGCAAAUGGUCAGCAUCAUUUCACGCGACACGCAGUGGGAGUCGCGGCUGUGCAAGGUGGAUGUCAGAACACGGGGAGGGCAGUCCUACUCGUUUGGCGAGCACUGUCCGGGCGGCCUCGCGCAGACGCUGGACCUCUUCCCCGGCGAGCGCAUCCUUUCCAGCACGCUCGUCUUCAGGCAGCGAGCCCGAGUCGCGCGCGGAAAUGUGCGGCUCUCCGGCAACGACACAUUCGUGGAUGGAGCGCUGUGCCUUAAGACCUCCUAUGGCGACAGGCUGGCUUCGGGCUACGCCACGUGCGAUCGCACAACCGAUAUCACGUCAGACGUCGCUUCGGGGCUGCUGGCGGGUAUUGGCGGCUCGGUGGCGCUGGAUGAUGGAGGCAGCGAGUACAUCACGUCUCUGUACCUCAUGAUGCACCCCUGGCCCGACCGCCUGACGUACAACAUCAACUCCUUCAGGCUGCUGGACCCCCCCACCCGCCAGAACGUGGGACUCAACAGAUGCGAGGGCCGCCCCGGCUACUGCGCUAUGCGGGAUGACCAGGUGCUGGCCUCCUGCGACCUCACUACCACCCUGACCCGCACCUUCACUCUGCACACCUCCGACUCCUUCACGCUCUCCUUCGGCGUCUCCAACAGUGCGGCCGUGUCACUUUCCAACACCACCGGCAACGAAUUUGGAACAAAUCGGCAGGUGACUGAGGACCGCUCCAACAGCACGGGUGCUGUGACGGGCGUGACGGUGAGCCGCGGCAACAGCCAGGGCAAUGAGGUUGCAAACGGCAUCAGCUUCAGCAAGCAGCGCUCUGACAGCCAGAGCACAAGCGAGGGCAGCGCGGACACGUCCGACUGGUCCGACGCAGCUACGUCAGGCACCACCAACAGCUUCUCGCGCCAGGAGUCUUCUGAGGACACAACCAGCACGGAGCAAGCGCGCAUGCAGGAGCAGAGCCGCGGUCGCACGCAGACCUCUUCUGAAUCCAUCGGCACAUCCACCACAGACGAGAGCGGGGGCAGCGAGAUGAGCGGCACCACCUCCAACAACGCCUUCAGCAACAGCGUUAUGGCCGGCACGGAGAACACGGCGGGCACCACCGAUACCAGCACCCAAUCCAGUACCGACGGCAGCCAGCAUAGCGAAAGCACCUCGGUAUCUGGUACAUUGAAUGCCCCGUUCGGCCUGGGCAGCGCCACCGCCGGCCACACCUGGAGCGACGAGACUUCCCACUCCACCACCACCGGCAGCGAGCACGCCACGUCUAGCAGCUCCGCCAAUACCCGCCAGAACACCGCGGGCACGGAGAACAGCUUCGGGUCCACCGCUGAGCGUACCAGUACUUGGUCUCAGGGGCGGACCUCCAGUCGGGAGCGCACGACCGGGGAGGAGCUGUCCGACACGUCCACCACCUCCAACACGCUCACACAGGGGCAUAGCCAGACGCUCGGGCAGGUGUUGGGCGAGGACAAAACCUUCAGCACGGAGCAGACCAGCACCCGCGGCGGCUCCAGCGAGGUCAACCGGCAGAACACAUACGGCGUGGACGUGACUCAGGGCUCCACGCAAGAUCAGUCACGCACCCAGAGCUUGAUCUCCACCUCUGACGUCAGCAACAAUGCCGAGCUGAACCAGCAGCUCACGGAGUCAGCAAGCAAGAGCGUGGGCGAUUCGCAGUCCAGCUUCCAAAAUGUGAUGACGGACCGGACCAACCAGAUCAGCAAAGACGUCAACAACGCCACAGAGAGCACCCAGGGUGCUGACUAUAGCUAUGAAAUCAGCACGACGGUCGGAAGCUCUGUGCAGUUCGACCCGACCAAGCUGGUCAUAUCUCUGUACCUGACUGUGGAGGAGUUUGUGGAUGCCCGCUACACCGCCCUGGUGGACAUCACCACACGGGGCUGGGGCGGCGUGAUCACGCUUCCCACGUUCGGUGUGAUGAACGGCGUGUUCAGCAACGCGCAGACGACGUACGACACCACAGACAUCAUCGACUGCGGCGGACCCAAACCCUGGGACAUCGUGGCGCAGGGCAUGGACAUCAUCUACGAGAACAGCCAGUCCAAGCUGCUGCUGUCGCGCUCGCCCACGUCCUACCGCAACGCCGCCGACGCCUGCAAGUACUAUGGAGGGCUGAUGGUCAGCGUGGCCACCGCAGCCAAGGAGGCGCUGGUGGUCAAGGCCUUGGACUCCGCGCCACAGAGCGAGGUGUCCACGGACCUGCUGUGGGUGGGCGCCUACAAGGGACUGCCCUCCGUCGGCUCCGACUCCGUGUGGCUGUGGAUUGACGGAUCACCCUUCACGUACACGGACUGGGCUCCCAACCCAAAGGUUCAGGGCACCAGUACCUGCAUGUCCUUCAAGCGCCAAGUGGACCCCAACGGCCCGCAGCAGCGCUGGGGCACCGUCAGCGACUGCAAGGAGUUGCAGACCUUCAUCUGCGAGAUUAAGACGCCGCAGACACAGUGCCCCACUGGUAUGGCCGGCACCCCGCCUAGCUGCGUGCCCUGCACCGGCGACCAGUUCACGGACGCGCCGGGACUGCUCGACUGCCUCACUUGUCCAGACAUUGCAGAUGUGAAGGACUUGGAUCGCAAUGGAUACAAUGACGCCUGCCUGUGCAGAGUUGGGUCUGCAGGAUCAUAUGAGACGGGUUGCACGCCCUGCGAUAACACCACUUACGCGCCCAACCAGGGCCUGCCUGCCUGCCUGACCUGUGUCAACGGCACGGCGGCGGACCUGGACACGCUGCCUGGGAACGAGGCCUGCGUGCCGCUGACGCCCUCGGCUGGCGGCAGCGGCAACAGCAGCGCACGGCGGCGCGGGCUGCAGAGUAGCCAGCAAGGCCAAAGACAGGCCAGCGCUUCCGGAGGCGGUGCCGGCGCCGGCGUUGCAAGUACGGGCGCUGGCAGCAACGGGGUCAGCGGUCCAUUGCCAGCAGGCCUCAACUUGCGGAGUGAAUGGGAGCGGCCGGCACGGGGCGUGAGAGAGGCGGUGCCCUUUGAUCCCGUCCUUAUCCGGGAGCUCAAGCACCGCAGACUGCUCACGCAGUCCAAUAGGCGCUCCCCGCCUCCACCUCAAAAGCAGCAGUCGCGCCCCCCGCCACCGCCCCUUCCGCCGUCACCACCGCCCGGUCCUCCUUUUCCUCCCCACCCGCCACCGGGGCACCCACCUUCACCGCGGCCGCCAUCACCAUCACCGCCCUCGCAUGCAGACCUGUGCGGCCGCCUGUGGCAACAGCUGGAAGCAGUCAAGGACGGCAACUACACCGCUUUCAACGCAAGCGGCGGUGCAGCUGCCCUGCCCGGAAGGACUGCUCGCGGCUCAUGUGCGGCCGUCGUGGCUGCAAACGCCCUGCUGCCGACUGUGAACGUCAGCGCGUUCAUUGAUGAAGAAGGUGGUUUCAUUCCUGGGACCAACUACCUCGACAAGAUCUGCAUCAGCAAUGUCACCGUCAAGGGCUGCAUCCAGGAGCUGGCUCCAGUAGUGGACGCCAUGGUGCAGUUCCAGUGCUGCGACCAGCUAGCCAAGGUGGUCGAGGCGUUCCGGCCGCCCCGCGCCCUGUGCAUCAGCCGCCACUUCAUGCCGCUCCGGUCGGCAUUCGGAUCGUACCAGGACGUGGCCCAGUGCGAGGGCCACGUGCGGCUGGUGAACGGCUGGCCGGACGGCAGCAGCGGCCGCGUGGAGGUGUACCACAACGGCCGCAUGGGCACCGUGUGCGAUGACGGCUGGGACGAUGACGACGCAACAGUGGUGUGCCGGCAGCUGGGCUUUGACGGCGGGUACGCGGAGUGGGGCGGCGCCUUCGGGCCCGGCUUCGAAUGGCAGCCCAUCUACAUGACGCGGGUGGCCUGCAACGGCACCGAGUCCGGCCUGGCGCAGUGCACCCGGUGGGGCAACCGCGGCAGCCUGAAGUGGGGCAACCACAGCUGCAGCCACUGGGAGGAUGCGGGCGUCACCUGCUUCAACUGCCCGUCGGACAGAUGCCCGCGCCAGAACACCCUGCGCCUGGCAGCCAACCGCACGCUGCAGGCGGCGUCGGGUGCGAUCUGGACGGAGGGCAGGCUUGAGAUCUGGCACAACCUGAACUGGGGCACUGUUUGCUCGGACUGGUUCCACCGCGUCAACGCCGACGUGGCCUGCCGCCUGCUGGGCUACGAGGCCGGGAUGCUACUGCCGCCCGACCUGGCCGCGCCCUACCUGCUGUCCGUGAACGGCAGCGGCGCAGGGGCUGUAGCGGGAGCGGCCCCGGUCAACCACACGGCCUCGUCCGUUCCUCCCAUCCAGCUGGACAACCUGGACUGCCUGGGCGACGAGUCCAGCCUGGCCGCCUGCCGCCGCAACGCCUGGGGCUUCCACGACUGCGACCACAGCCAGGACGUUGCGCUGAGGUGCUACCGCUACCCAGAGGGCACGGUGCGCAUAGUGGACGGCUGGGAGGGUCUGCAGCAGCCCGGCGUAGCGGUGGCGGGGCGGCUGGAGAUUCUGCGCGGUGGCACCUUCGGCGGCGUGUGCGCAGACGGCUUUGACGCGGCGCCGGAUGGCUUGGUAGUGUGCGCGGAGCUUGGGUUCUCGGCGGCGACGGUGGGUGGCAACGUGACACAGUGGGGUCCGCCUCUGGGGCUCCCCGCCCAGAUGACAUCUGUUGCCUGCCAGCCGGACAGCCGCACCCUAUUCGAUUGCGGGGCGGUGCUGCCGCCGUCUGCAGCACUGGGCGGGAACGGUACCGCAGCAAACGGCACCGCUGAGCCGCUUUGCAGUCCCAGCCAGUACGUCAACAUCACGUGCUACAACCCGUCGCCACCGCCACCAUCACCACGCCCACCACACCCACCCAAACCGCCUUCACCACACCCACCCAAGCCGCCUUCACCGCACCCACCCAAGCCCCCGUCUCCACACCCACCCAAGCCGCCUUCACCGCACCCACCCAAGCCUCCGUCUCCACCUCCUCCCCAGCCCCCGCCGCCGAGCCCUCCGCCCCCCUCGCCGCCACCCAGCCCACCUCCGCCCUCGCCGCCUCCUCCGCCGCCUCCACCCUCUCCACCGCCUCCCUCACCGCCACCUCCCCCGCCGCCACCGCCACCGCCGUCUCCUCCUCCACCACCACCGCCGGACGCCCCGCGGGGUGUCUGCUGGCCUGGCCAGGACGUCUUGGGUACUGACGUCGACAUCCGACGUGAUACGGUGUAUAACGAGGGCAGCUGCCGUGACGCAUGCAUUGCGAACAGCGCUUGCACGUACUUCAUCCUGCUGACCGAUGGUGGCUGCGUCCUCAAGAACAACCUGCUGGCGGGUCCCAACGGCUCCGACCAGUCGGGCGCCUCCUGGGUAGCCGAGACUUGCCUGCAGCGGACGAACUAUGCAGGCAAAUUCCUUUGCGUGGCGGGGUACGACGUCAACGGCCGCCACGUGAACGGCGUGGGGCCCUUCCAAGUGGACAGCUUGGAUGCCUGCCGCAGGGCCUGCGAACAGCAAUCACAGUGUCUGUUCUUCCUCUACUUCACAGACUCGAACUGUGCGCUCAAGUACUCCGCGUUCAACGGCGACUGGGGUAACACCGGCCCCAACUCAUAUCUGGAGUGGGCCUGCUUCCGGGUCUUCGCGUAAGAAAUUCGAUUUUAGUUGCUACCAACCUGUAAUGGGUGAGAGCAUGCAGCGUGUGUGGGUUGCCGGUAGGCAGAAACGGUAGAACAACUUGGUGCUGUUCAGCGGGAUAUUAACAAGCACUGAGGUGUCGGACCCCAACAGCAACGUACAGCAGGCCCAGUACAACGCGGAGCGGGGCAGCAUGAAAGCGAAUGGGCCAACUCCGGCGGCGCCAACAGAGCCUUAUGACCGCCACCGCCGGUACCGCAGCAGCAGCCUGUGGCGGCGGCGGUAUCUGGCAGCUGCUGGCGUGGCCUGUGGCCCGGUCGAGGGGGGUGUGAAUGCGGCGGUAAGGAAGGAAUCCUGGUGGUGGUGAUGCCGUAGGCCCGGUGGAGAGCAAGGGGACGAGCAGGGCGGCUCCGAGGGCAAGGAUACGAAGAAAUGCCGCUGGGUGCAGUACGAGAGGUCGGAUGGGAGCACGGGCCGGCGUAAGCGGUGCACUGGUAGCGGCAUGAGUGGCAGUAGCGGCAUCGGGCGUUGAGGCACGGGAACUUGCAGUCACAGUCCGCGCAGACGCGGUGGGUGUCCUUUCAAGCCGGGAGGCUACAGACGCAAUCUGGGAAAGUAGGACCCUUUACUAACAAGCAGCAGGCACUUGUUUGGGGUUGAGCAAGCUUUGCAAUGUGUGUACGCAUGCCAAAUUACUGUCUUGGGAGUCGUUGGUUGACCCGGCGUGGACGCUAGGCGGGCCAUGCGUGACCACCUACUGCAAAUGUAAAGAAUAUUCCGC